AUGCAAGGCGACCUGAUUGCGAACCACGGCAGCUACGGGCAAGACUGGGCUGCAACCGCAGUGCCCAAGUACAAGAAGGGCUCGACGCCGCGGCCGCUGCUCGCCCGGAAAUGUUUCACAAAGAGGAUCACUCACUUUGCUGUAGCUAUGGCCGCGCCAAACGCGAAGCAUCACACGAAGGAGGAGAAUGGUGCAACAGCCGACAACGCCAACGGCUCGACGUCGGACUUCGCCGCCCGCCUUUCUUUAAGCGAGUCUUUCCAGCGAGUCUUGCAGAUCGACAUCGAAAAUCGAAAGCUGCGGGAGCGAAAUGAAAAGCUCGAAGCAACGAACGACACAAACUGGGCCACGAUUGCCAACAAGCGCGACGCGUGGGCCGCCGAGAAGGGCAAGCUGGAGCGCGCGCUCCAGCAUAUGCGAGAAGAGAUGAAGAUCUUGCGCGAGGUAAAGGCAAAGGCCAGCGAUCAGGCUGAACAGAUCAAGGCGCACGAGAAGCGAAUCCUUUCUCAGUGCGAGGCCAUCAAGAAGAGGGAUGAGGAUAUGGCUCACCAGUUGACCCUCUACCAGAACGCCAAAGAGGAGCUCGCCGCGGAAAAGACGAGCGCGCUGGCUCUAAGUGACUCCCUUCUGACAGCUGAAAAGGACUUGGCCCGCAGUAAGGAGGAACUGGAAGUAGCAAAUGACGAACUUAACGACCUCGCGGAUUUCGCCGCUCGGCUACAGCCCAUGAAUCAGGGUAAAGAGCAGAUUCAGGAAGCGCUCGCCAACACAUUCAAUCAGUUCCUACAGUUCUUCGUAUCCGAGAUGAGCUUUGACGGUAAACCCGGCGCCUAUCCGACCGCAGCUACGGAAGAACCAUCUAUUCCUCUUCCAGAAUCGAAUACGCCGGCAUCGAAGCAGAUGAGGAUUGUUGCCGCCCUUAUUGUGUCGGGAAAGGCUAUGGUCAAGCACAUAUUCCGGCAUGCUCUCGUGAGCGACGACUUGGACCGAGUACUAAACCAACUGGCCGUGACCGAUCCGGAUCAUGAGUCAUAUGUGCGCGAGGUGCUACUGAAACUGCAUCAGAUGCACCCGGACGAGCAAAAGGCUGCGCAGAUGGCCAAGGUUGACAGGGCCGUGAAAGACAUUGCCGAUCAGCUAGGGCCGAUGGUUCCACGACCGACCGAAUUCGGUUCUCGGCUGAAGCCGUGUUGUGAGAUGGCUGCCAAGGCUUGGGACUUGACCCUGGGAAUGGAAAACAAGGUUGAUGCGCAUUUCCGCUUCCAGAUGCCCGCAUUCUGGUGUCCGGUUCCGCUCGAAGAAAUUACCGAUCAGUCGCCCGCCGACCCAGCAAGCGACUCGAAUGCACAAGCAGAUGCGCCGCAGCAGCCGCUCCCACCCGGCGAGGCAGGCCCGUCUGUGAGCAUUGAUGAGGUGCUGAAAAUGGUCUGGCCUGUCGUCAUUGCACAUCUCCCGGAUGCUGAUGAGCCAGCUGAAUCUGAGAUGCUGAGCUGCGGCUACGUCUUGGCCCGGGCGCAGUGUCGGGCUGCCAAGGACGAUGUGACCCGCGAGCAGUCUACGUACAAGAAGACCCGGUUGGAAAGCAGGCGACAGUCGGAGAAAAAAAGACGGAGCUCGGUCGCGCCGUCGCCGGCCAGGGCAGCUGUCGUUACCAGUGCCGCUUGA